AUGGUCGAGAUCACCGAAGUCACCAAGGAACUGCGGCCGGAACUGCGCACGGCGGCCCACACCCACAUCAAGGGGCUCGGCCUCGACGAGCACGGCAUUGCCAAGCGUGUCGACGGCGGCUUCAUCGGCCAGGACGAGGCCCGCGAGGCCUGCGGCGUCGUCGUGGACCUUAUCAAGCUGAAAAAGAUGUCCGGGCGGGCGAUUUUGCUUGCCGGACCUCCCGGUACGGGUAAGACGGCGUUGGCGCUUGCCAUCUCCCAGGAGUUGGGGCCUAAGGUGCCGUUUACUCCCAUCGUGGGGCUGGAGUUGUACCUGGCGGAAAUCAAGAAGACGGCGGCGUUGAUGGAGAAUUUCCGUAAAGCCAUCGGCUUGAGAAUCAGAGAGACUAAGGAAGUAUACGAAGGUGAGGUUAUUGAGCUCACUCCCGAAGCCGAUACCCUGGGACUGGGGAAACUGAUCUCGAACGUUAUCGUUGGUUUAAAGACUGCCAAGGGGACUAAGACUCUUCGUUUAGACCCGAGCAUCUACGAACUGAUCCAAAAGGAACGGGUGGCCAUCGGUGACGUCAUCUACAUUGAAGCUAACACCGGGGCCGUCAAGAGAGUGGGGCGCAGUGACGCCUACGCCACCGAGUUCGAUUUGGAAGCCGAGGAAUACGUCCCCUUACCUAAAGGGGAAGUGCACAAGAAGAAGGAGAUCGUCCAGGACGUCACGUUACACGAUUUGGACGUCGCCAACGCCAGACCUCAGGGGGGCCAGGACGUGUUGCUGAUGAUGGGGCAAUUGCUCAAACCGAAAAAGACUGAGAUUACUGAUAAGUUGCGCGCGGAAGUCGACCGGGUGGUGGCUAAAUAUAUCGACCAGGGUGUCGCCGAAUUGAUCCCGGGGGUGUUGUUUAUCGACGAAGUCAACAUGUUGGACAUGGAGCUUUUCACCUACCUCAACCGUGCCCUUGAGUCCUCGAUUGCCCCCAUCGUUGUGCUUGCCUCCAACAGAGGUAUCACUACCGUCAGAGGCGCUGACGACAUCAAGGCCCCCCACGGUUGCCCCCCUGAUCUUGUCGACAGAUUGUUGAUUGUACGCACGUUACCCUACACCGGCGACGAAAUCAAGCAGAUCAUCGCCAAGCGGGCGCUGACAGAGCUGGUGGCGGUGUCCGACGCGGCGUUGGCCAAGCUUGCCGACGCCGGCACCAAGGUGCUGUUGCGGUACGGCCUCCAAUUAUUGGCUCCCGCAGGGGUGUUGGCCGAGACCGCUGGACGCCAGCAGAUUGAUGUUGACGACGUCGACGAGGCCGAGGUGUUGUUCUUCGACUCGAAGCGGCUGAUGAAGGUGUUGGAACUGCUGUCGGGGUACUUGUAA